CUUUAGACUUGACAAGAUAUCUUUACAAUGACUUCACGAAAUGUAUCUCGGUUUUGGGAGUGGGGAAAGAAAAUAAUCUGUGUCGGGAGGAACUACGCCGACCAUGCAAAGGAGCUGAAGAACGCCGUCCCAACAGAGCCCGUGUUGUUCCUGAAGACGCCAUCUGCAUAUCUGACAGAGGGCUCACCAAUCCUCAUUCCCAAAUACUCCAACAAUUUACACCAUGAAAUCGAGUUGGGGGUGGUCAUCGGGAAAGGGGGCACCGCUAUUCCCCAAUCUUCCGCGAUGGAACACGUCGCAGGCUACGCCCUGUGCUUGGACAUGACAGCUCGGGACGUCCAGGAUGACUGCAAGUCUAAAGGUCUUCCGUGGACUCUGGCCAAAGCGUUCAACACCUCUUGUCCAGUCAGUGAAUUCAUCCCCAAAGAGCGGAUUCCCGACCCGGGGAACGUGAAGAUCUGGCUCAAAGUGAACGACCAGAUGCGCCAGAAUGGCUGCACCUCUCAGAUGAUAUUCUCCAUUCCCUUUCUCAUCAGCUACAUCAGUGAGAUCAUCACCCUAGAAGAGGGGGAUCUGAUUCUCACUGGGACCCCCAAGGGUGUAUCGGCUGUGCAGGUGCACGAUGAACUACAUGCUGGCAUAGAUGAUGUUGUCAGCAUGACUUUUAAAGUUGGCAGACUUUGACAGAUCAUUAGCAGACACUAUUAAAAUCGGUAUUUUAUUGUACAUUUCUGUCAUUUGCUUUUAAUCAGAGCAGAGUGCUGGAAGAAAUGUAUGGAAUUACACCGGAAUCAUUAGGCAGGCCUAUUUCAUGCAGUAUGGCCACACUGAUUAAGGACAUUGUUGUAGUUCUGAAACCAGCAGAGGGCAGUGCUCACUCAAAGAUUCAUGAGAUUUUUCUAAAGAUGAAUACAUAUUCUGUCCUACAGAAUUACAAUGUAGUCUGUUACACUAAAACGUGUAUUGAUUUCACAAUGGGAAAUAUAUGAUUGAUGCAAAACUUGAAGUCUUGCUUUGAAAUUCUGGUCCAGUAGAUUUCAGACACAGGUGCUGAUCUUAACCUUAUCCUGACCUAUUGUUGUGUUCUGCUCUAGACAUUUACAUUUACAUUUUAGUCAUUUAGCAGACGCUCUUAUCCAGAGCGACUUACAGUUAGUGAGUGCAUACAUUUUCAUACUGGCCCCCCGUGGGAAUCAAACCCACAACCCUAGAUAACAGCCUCCAUCACAGCACAUCACUGUGAUCAUAAUUACAAUGUUCGUCUUCAAGAUCUUUGGGCAUGUGUCUUUUUCUCUUGUUUGUGAGGAACAUUGCCCAUGGCCUUUUGUACUCUGUCUACUCUACUGGGAAUAGGAAAAUAAUGCAGGGGAUUUUAUCUUACAGGCCCAAUCCUCUUCAAAGCCAAAUUAGCCUGAAGAAAUAGUCACAUUAAACAUUUACAGCCUGUU